AACAACCCCGUUACCAUGGAAACUGCAAUAUUGACAAAAUUCUGACAGUUUUUGAAACAAUUUUACUCAGAACAAAAAGAUUUGUAAAAAAAUGUUUUGGUGAGCGACAAGUUGGUUUGCUGGCACCAUGAAGCUGCUGAGGUUCCACCUGAGGUACCAUCCCCCCGGGAUCAUACUGGAGUACACUCAGAAGGGAGUUGUGAAGAAUAAGGAAAUAGAUUUGUUGGAUUUGAACUCCAACUCUGACAUCAAAGAGAUAGCAAAACGUCUGACCCAAAAAGAGGUUCUGAUCACGGAGGAGGUUCGUGAGCAGCUGGAGCAAUGCCUGGACACCCUGAAGAAGAGGAUCGAGCACGAGGGGCCCAGCGGGAAGCGGUUCUACAUCUAUAAGACCCUGAUGACGCAUGUACUGCCUCUGACCAACGUUGCCUUCGAUAAGACUGGGAACAGAUGUCUAUCAGGCAGCUACGACCGCACGUGUAAGGUGUGGGAUGUGGAGUCAGGCAAGGAGAUGAAGACCCUCUCCGGGCACCAGAAUGUCGUCUACUCUGUGGGAUUCAACUUUCCAGCUUGUACCCGCGUCCUGACCGGCUCGUUCGACAAGUCGGCAAGGAUCUGGAACCCGGAGACAGGCGAGUGCCUGGCCACGCUGCUGGGACACCGCGGGGAGGUGGUGGCCGCGCAGUUCAAUGCCAAGGGAGACCUGGUGGCAACCGGCUCCAUGGACAACACCGCCAAGCUGUAUGAUGGACGCACUGGAAACGAGAUCCACACGUAUUCUGGCCACACUGCUGAGGUCAUAGCGCUGCAGUUCGACCCUAACGAAGGUCAGAGGAUGAUCACUGGCUCCUUCGACGGCACCAUAUCCUUGUGGGACACUAGAACUGAAAACCGCGUAUCAGUGCUGACGGGUCACGAGGGCGAGAUCUCGAACGUUCAGUUCAACUGGGACAGCUCGCUGGUGGGCUCCUCGUCCCUGGACGGCAGCGCCAAGCUGUGGGACGCGAGGCAGAGCUCCUGCCUAGCCACCGUGUCCGGACACACUGAUGAAGUCCUGGACAUCUGUUUCGACUGGGCCGGUCACCGCAUGGCGACGGCGUCCAGCGACUGCUCGGCCAGGAUCUAUGACGUCAAAUCCGACUUCAAGGAGCUGGCCGUCAUGAAGGGGCAUCGUCAUGAGGUGUCGAAGGUGUGCUUCAGUCCAGCUGGAGGCUGCCUGCUCACAGCGUCAGCAGACAGGAGCGGCCGAGUGUGGAACACUAACACCGGGAACUGUAUACAGGUGCUAUCUGGUCACCAAGGCGAGAUCUUCUCGUGUGCGUACUCGUACGCCGGCGACGCCAUCAUCACCGCCUCCAAGGACAACACCUGCAGGAUCUGGAGGUGAUUGGACUGGUGGAUGUAGACGAUCCCCGCGAACACAGAACAACUAAUAUAACAUGACUAUAGCAAGAUGGAUGGAUGACUGAACAAGGGAUUUUAAAGAAAGUCGAAGGAAAUUUGUUAUUUGGGACUUGCAGUUUAAAGUUUUUUACUAACUCUCUAACGAUUUAAAGUGCUUAUGUGUUUAACGUGGAAUUUCGAUGGGCUAAACAGAAUUUCAUCAUAAGAAUCUACAUAAUGUACAUUGUAAAGGACAUGCCAGAAUUUAUGAACUGAGUAUGCAGGCGCUAAAACCAUACGUAAUGGGUUAUGACAUUCUUGCAUUUCUAAAAUUUUAAUGGUAUAUGCAUUUUGAAACAAAAUAUGCUUACAGUUAUGUGUAUUAUGCUUGAGGACUUCAUAUUUACGUAAGUUUCUCUUUCGAAGAUAUGACUAUUACCUAUUAGGUAUAUCAUUGUUGAUAUUUAACGUAAUGAAUGUGUUUAUAUCGUUGAAGAUUGCACUGCUUAAUUAAUGAAAUUACCACCUAUUAAUUAUUUACCAAGUUUCAAGUUAAUAAUUAACUUGAAACUUGGACUGACUUUCCUCUCUUCUAGAGUACUUCUUAUUUAAACUAGACUUCAAAGUAGGGACAUACGCUUGACUAUUUCCAAAUGUCAUGAAUGUGAGUGCCCGCAAAAUAGUAUAGAGAGAUAUAAUAAUGUGAUGAGAACUUGGGAUGGAAACAAUCCCAUCAAAUUUUUGAUCGUCGAUCAAUCUAUUCAGCCUGUCGAAGUCAACUGUUAGACAUAGGCAUCCCCCAAGUUCUUUUAUCGUAAUCGGGUUCGAAUCUUUAGUUCCUCAUUAUCCACCAUCAACAUGUGUCACCAACGAAUCCUCUAAACUAUCCCUUAAUUUAACAAAUCGUUGCAGUAUGACGUAUACAACUUAAAUGACGUAAUUUUCUGAGUCACCGGAUGGGACAUGAUUGAGCCAAGGACACGUAUUACUUGGGCACUUGUUGAGUGGACACAGGAAGAUGUAGGAGGACACCCAGCACUCUGAUCAUUUAGCAGAUUCUCGAACACUUGACGAAAUAAGUGUGUCCGGAUCAUUUGGCAUCUUUUCACAAGCUUCGCCCAUUACCACUUUGGUUUUAUUUUUUUCCAUCCUUUGAAGAAAAACCUUGGUGCCUAUUUCAUAAUACCAACUUUUGCCUAGUUUGAGAAUAGAUGGAUUUCUAUUGUUCUAUUCUUUAAAUUCUCUUUGUCAGUCGUAUUGACUUUCCAAAACGAGAUCAUUGUUGACUGACCCGAUUACAAUACCCCGAUAAUCAUAUAUAUUUUGUGCAAUUAUUUGACAUAGGUAGGUAUUAUACCUCUGGUCGUCAGUUGCUUCGAAGACCAAAAUGCUUUCGCCUGAACUUGCAUUUUCCCAUUUAAAACAAUAUACAUCACAGAUUUUUUUAAAGAAAAGGAAACAAUCCCAAAACGACAUAAGUUUUUGUGACCAUCACAUCCUCAUCGUAUGCUUAUUGUCUUAUGAAUAAAUACAUCUUCUAUUAUCAUAGUUAGAUUUUUUAUAACAUUUUUAUAAUAAAAAUGCUUAUUUAUUUAAAUAGAACCUAGUGAUCUCAUUAUUGUACAUCGAUAACACAAAAUCUUAAACAUUAUGGUUUUGGAACUAUUCAAUAAAAGUUUUUCUAUAUUACUUCUAUGAGAUAGAUUAGUUAUUGAAAUGUUAUCUACACGAAUGUAGUAGAACCUAGAUGUUAGCUCAUGUUACCUUAAAAUAUAAUUGUUAACUUAUUUAUUAAAUACACUUUUACAACGA